AUGGCAUUUUUCCUUAGAACAAGUGUUUUAACACGACAUUUGAAGAAAUCCUUUUUACAAAAUAAACGCAAUUCUGGAUACGUUGUCUUAAUUCCAGAAAUUGGUGAAGAUUCUGAUAAGAAUGUCCUUCUCACUGAGAACGGCCUGCCUGAAUUUAAUGAUAUUACAAUUGAAAAGUGCAUUGCUGCUAUCAGUAAGCUAAGCUUAGAUUAUGAGAGUGGAGUUAAACAGAUAGAAGAAUCAUGCUCUGAUUGCAAAAAUGCUUUUGUUGAGAUCUUUCAGCCUUUGGAAAAGUUAGACAACCAACUAGAACUAACAUGGGGUGUUGCUAAAACCUUAUAUUUAGGUAAUAGUUCCUUGAUGCCCACUACAUCCUAUAUACAAAUCCACCAAAGAGCUUACAAAGCAAGAUCAACUAAAUUUAAUAGUGUGCCAAUAUACAAUGCUGCCAUAAAUGAAAAAAAUCGUCUGAAGCAGUUGACUGAUGAAGAACAAAGAUUAUUGGAUAAAUAUAUUCUUGAAGGUAAACUUAAUGGGCUUGACAUUAAGGGUGUAAAAAGAGAAAAAUUAGAUAAUAUUCUCAAUUUGUUACAAAAAGAAAGGGAAUUGUUUCGGGAUAAAGUUAAAAUGGCCACAAAUAUUUUUAGUAGCUUUAUCAGUGAUGAACAACUAUCCAAAGAACUUCCUGAAAGUCUAACAAAAGUUAUGUCCAUAAAUAAUAAUGCUAGUAAAGGUCCUUGGAAAAUUACUCUACAACCACAUAUUUUCGAACCAUUUAUGCAAUAUUGCCCGGAUAGAUCAUUGCGUUGGAAUACAUGGCAGGCAUAUGUGCAAAGAUGUUCAGGCUAUGGCAAUAAAGAUUUAGAAACAAGUACCCAUGUUGCACAAAUACGAAAAUAUAGAGCAGAACAGGCCAAAAUGUUAGGUUUUGAAACCUAUGCUGAUAUGAGCAUGGAAACUAAAAUGGCUGGUUCAGUUGAGAAUGUGUAUAAGUGUCUUGACAAAUUACUUGAAAAUGCUAGACCACUUCAAGAUAUUGAGUUAGAAUCCCUGCAAAGCUUUGCAAAAGAAAGAGGAUUUGAUGGUAAACUAGAACACUGGGAUAUCCCAUAUUGGCAAAGAAAACAAAAAUGGUCUUUAUACAACUAUGAUGAAGAUAAAAUUCGUGAAUAUUUUCCACUUCCACGUGUAAUCACAAGCUUGUUUAAUUUAUGUAGCACAUUAUUCAAAAUACAAAUAGUUGAAAGAUCCAAUGUGCAUACAUGGCAUAAAGAUGUUAAAUUUUAUGAUGUUUAUGACGAAACAAGUAACACACCUAUAGCUGGGUUCUUUUUAGAUCCUUAUGCAAGACAAAAUGAAAAAAUUCGCAUUUAUGAUGACGCCGGUUGGCAUGUUUCAAUACGCAACAAAUGCGCUCUAACAUCUACAGAUCCUUUAUCAGCAUUAAUAUUUAACUUCCAAGCUCCAAGUGAGGGAUCGCAAUCUCUACUGUCUUUCAAAGAGGUUGGUGUCCUGUUUCAAAGAUUUGGACAUGCCUUACGUCAUUUACUAACAAAAGCAACCUAUUCAGAAGUGGCAGGUCUCUCUAAUGUGGAAUGGGAUGCUGCUGAUGUUUGUGGGCAAGUGAUGACGCAUUGGCUAUUUGAUCCGCAUACAAUCCGAGCUAUAAGUGGACACUAUAACACUGAAGAACCACUGCCAGAAGAAAUUAUACAAAAUUUGCAAAAUGUUAGAAGCCAUAUGGCAGGAUAUAAUUUAUGUCGUGAACUAUACCUAUCUCGAUUAGAUUUAGAGUUGUAUUCUAAGACUACUUUUUGGCGAGACUUGGUAAAGGAAUUGUGGCCUAAAUACAAUGCACUGCCAUUUGAUAAAUAUGAUUCACACCUGCUCUCUUUCACAAAAAUUUUCUCUGAGGAAUGGGGUGCUGCUUACUAUUGUCAUUUAUGGUCAAAGAUGAUAGCCGCUGACAUCUACAGUGCAUUUGAAGAGGCUAGAGCAGGAGAUCAGGAUGUGAUAGCAAUUGGUAAAAGAUACAGAGAAAGUUUUCUUGCCGUCGGUGGUGCAUGUCAGCCCAGUGAAAUAUUUAGAAGGUUCCGUGGAAGAGACCCAUCUCCACAGGCCUUAUUGAACAACCUUGGUCUAUCCACUCAAAAAAAAAUUGAAGAGUAA